AUGGUUUCAAACAAUACCAAUCCGCAGCGAAACAUCGGAGUGCAUGAUACAGGAGUUGUGAAUUCGGUUGGUCGUACGGCUCCAAUAAAACCCUAUAGUUACGCGAGGAAAGAGAUAUUUGAACGACGAGAACGAGUCCGAAAUUAUUGUAAACAAAACGCUAAAGACAUUGACAAAUUCAAAACCACUGGAUCACUCUGGACAGUUCCUGAUUACGACAUUCAUUGGUGCGUAACGCAAAAGAUAGGAAGCACACAUUGGAAACAAGUGCUACGAUUUGUUGCCGGCGAUUAUUCAAAAGACAUUAACGUAACCAAACCAGAAGACCUAGACCGUUUUUACGUACAUUCCACACAGCCGGGACGAGUACUCCGUAGGUCUUUGGCGAAUAUUGUAUCCCAAGGAGUGACGUUGAGCGGUAAAGUUUUCAUGUUCACGCGGGAACCUUACAGCCGAUUAUGGUCCGCAUACAUUGACAAAUUUCUUCUGCCAGAUUUUUGGGAAAAACACGCACCAUUCGUCGUCAGAAAAGUUCGAUCCGAUGUUAAAGAACAGGAUACAAUAUGUGCAAGUGAUGUCACAUUCAGCGAAUUUCUAAUAUAUAUUGUGCUGUCUAAUUCUCAAACAUUAGACCCACAUUGGCGUCCCGUUUUUCAUCUGUGUAAUCCAUGUCGGAUUAAAUAUGACGUCAUUGGCAAACAGGAAACUUUCGCUAAUGAUUCGAACUUAAUAUUAAACAAAUUUGGACUGGACACUGUGGUCCCUAAGUCAACAAGUACAAAAACCUCCAGAGCUACUGAAGAAAUAACAAUGUUGGUACAAUUCAAUUUCGAUUUGGAAAACAGAUUGCCAGUAGGCUGUUUUGACAAAGAAGAUGUUGCAAUACGACUUUGGAAAGCGUUCCAAUACAACGGAUAUAUUCACAGAUCAAUCGAUAUUCCUAUGAAAAGUAUGCACUCCGAGAACUUCCUUUUACAUCCAACAGAAGUGUUCUUAAAGCAUGCUUUCGGGGCAAUAAACUACCAAAACGCAAACAAUUAUGAUUUACAAAAUCAGAAACGCGAUAUGAUGUUAGACGCUUAUAAGAGCAUUUCUCGACAACUGGUCAACAGAAUUAAAGAAGUGUACAAAUAUGACUUUGAGUUGUUUGGAUAUGACAAGGAUCUUUUAAUGUACUUAUAA